AUGUACUCAACCCAAGUCUCCACCAAAGUCGCCAUCGACAAAUCCAACGGUGACAACUACGUGACGUGGACCCACUACAUGCGAGGCGUGUUUUUGACCAAGUCGGUGUGGUAUGUCGUAAACCGGAAGACGACCCCAACCUUUGCGGAUUCUCGCAUCAAGGACGAGUACAUCAAGGCCAGCAACUUCGCGUUCGGCCGGAUGCUGCUCCACAUCGACCCGGACUACCAUCACGUGGUUGACAACUGUGAAGAAGCGUGGAGCGCAUGGCAGCGUUUGCAACAACUCUACAGUCAAUCGCAAAAGGCUGGUCGUAUUUACUUGAAGCGACAGCUUUUCAGCAUGGAGAUGGCUGAAGGCGCAAACGUAUUGCAUCACUGCAACGAAGUCCUCAACAUAAGCACACAGCUACGCGGCAUUGGCGCUAAAAUGGAGGAUGAAGACGUUGCGAUCUGCUUGCUACGCAGAUUUCCAAAGAUUUAUGAAAACGUUGUUCUUAACUUGGAGAUGAGCAGUACAGAACUCAAGACGCAAGACGUUGUGAAGGUGCUGACUAAUUAG